AUGGGGUCAUUAGCGCUAUUGCCGUUAGGACCACUUUUCUUUCCUCGUAUUUAUUUGAUUGUCUUAUUUUUGUAUUUCACGGUGUUUCUGUACAGUCAAGUGAAUCAUGUCUGUCAAUUCUAUCAGACGUCACGUAAAAUCAAAUGGACCAUCCGCAAAUGGAACAAGAAAUUAGAGAGAGCCAAAAAACAAGCUUUCGCCAACGAAAAAACGGCUUGGCAUGAUGGCACUCCAACGGGCAGCCAUCGUCAUGGAAGCAGUAGCGGGGGAUACAGUAGCCAUGAAGAGGACGAAGCAAUCGUCACAAGCACUUUAGAUGAAGUGGAAGAGAAACUACAAUACUAUCAAGAGACACACUACUUUCAUGCGUUUAUUAUACCAAACUAUUGCGAGCCGGAAGAGUUACUCAAAGACACGAUGGAGCGUAUUGCAUGUCACAGUAGCGCAGCCUCUCAUUAUGGACUCAUUUUAGCCAUGGAAGAAUCCGAACCUGGCUGGGAAGGAAAGGCUCGACGUCUUCAACAGUAUUUCAGCGAUCGUUUUGCGCAUUUUAUCAUCACUAGCCAUCCAUCGAAUAUCCCCGGCGAAAGUCGUGGCAAAGGAUCGAACGUGGCGUAUGCAGCUCGUCACGGGUGUCGCGAGCUCAUCGAGCAAAAGGGGAUUGAUUCCAGACGUAUCAUCAUUACUGUAUCGGACUCGGAUGCGGCUAUUCCAGAGCUCUACAUCCGCGAAGUAGAGCACGCUUUGAACACAGCCGAAGAUCCGUAUCACGUUCUAUGUGCGCCGCCCAUCUUUUUUUCUCGCAAUUGUUUCGAUGUCCCUGCGGCCGUACGUGUGACAGAUAUUACGUGGUCGGCGAUGGUGAUGUCGAAUCUGAGCAACAGUCGCGGCAUGUGCAUUCCGUGCAGUAAUUAUUCGCUUUCGUGGGUGCUCGCGGAUGAAGUAGGCUAUUGGGACACGGAUGCCGAUGCGGUAGGAGAGGACAUGCACAUGUGGCUCAAGUGCUUUUGGAAAACCCAAGGCCUCGUGAGAACGGCACCGAUUUAUGUGCCCAUCAAUUUGACGAACGUGCAGACAGAAGGGUAUUUAUCGAAUGUCAAUGCGCGUUAUGUGCAAGCGAAACGUCAUUACAAUGGUGUCGCCGAUGUCGCGUACACUUUAAAGCAUGCUUUUCAUGGUAUUCCAAGCAAAGUGAGUUUAUAUGAGCGUGUCAAAGUGUGCUUGAUUAUUCUUGAAGCCCACAUGGUACCUGCUACCUCGGGCUGGUUAAUGUUUGCCGCUGUACCCCUGAUGCAAUUCAUCUUGUUUCCGCCCUUGGCUUGGAUCGCUUUUGUUGACCCUUCUCAGAACCCUAUCCUCACCAGCGAAUUCUACAGCCGUCUUUGGAGUUUGAUCAAGCUCAUUACUUUAUGCUUACCGCUCCCUCUUUUUGGUACAUUGGCCGUCUACGAAAUGUUGCACCGUAUGGUCGAUCGUGAAUUCCUCCACAAGCCAAAGGAAGAGACCCGAAAACUGUCCAACGUCGUGGAUUAUGUUCAUUUGCCGGUAGCAGCAUGGUUGUUCAUGACGUUACCAUCGACGUUGGCCUGUAUAAAACGAUUGUUGUGGCAGCGACAAGAGAUUUACAUCACUUCCGAAAAGCUAUUCAGAGGCGAUAAGAAUGGGCUCGUGACAGAAAGACAGCUCUGA